UUUUAUAUAGGAUAUUAGCACUUUCUAUUAAGAAAUUAAUGUUUUCUUUUAAUGAAAUUAUUAGUAGUAUAAUUUUAAUUUUAAGUAAGUUAUUAUGUUAAUCCUGGUUUCGUUGUAACCCGCCGUCCGAUACCAACCGCCGGUUCAUCAUGUCGGUUCAGAGAUUCCUCCGGCACCGCCGCUACUCUCGUAAUUCGCCGGAAAUAUUCUUUCUCCACAAUUUCACUUCUUCGGAUUCUCACAAUAAACCCUCAAACCCUUCCGAUCACAACCGUGGGCACAACCGGUCUGUCCAUUUUCUGAACUCGUUGUUACCAUCAAAGCGGCAAUUUUUUAUUCCGCACAGUGUUUCCUUCUGCCGUUCCUUCUCCACUGUCGACUUGCGAAUUGGUAACAUCAGUGACGACUCAGUGGUUACUCAGAAAGAGAACACCGAUUUGUUGAUCAGCGAAAAUAUUAGUGCAAAUGUUGAGGAGUCCAUUCUUCCAGUACGUGCCUUGAUUUCGUUGCUGGAUGGUUAUCAUGACCUCACUGGCUUCCCAUGGUGGAUCAUUAUAGUUUCUUCAGCAGUGGCUUUGAGGCUUACGUUAUUCCCGUUUGUAUUAUUGCAACUCCACAAGUUGAAGAGAAUUGGAGAGUUAUUUCCUAAAUUGCCUCCUCCACUGCCUCCGCCUAUGUCAGGAAGGAGUCUUAGAGACCAACUUAAAAUCUUUUUCAAGGAGAAACGAGCAGCAGGCUGUCCUUCAUUAUUUUGGUACUUCGCCUCUCUGACAGUUCAGGUGCCCUGCUUUCUUCUUUGGAUUACGACUAUUAGAAGAAUGUCACUGCGUCAUCAUGAAGGCUUUGAUUGUGGGGGCAUUCUUUGGUUUCAGAACUUGACCGAGGUCCCUAGUGGUGUUUUAGGGCCAGUCUUUCCAUUACUGAUUGCUGGAUUGCAUUAUAUCAACGUUCAGGUAUCUUUUCGGAAAUCUUCAGUUGAAAAAAUGAGUGGAUUCGUGGGAUUAAUAGCCAAGUACUACAAGAAGUACUUGGAAGUCCUGACAUUACCCAUUUUAUUUAUUACAUUCCAUAUGCCCCAGGGGAGUUUAGUUUUUUGGCUUACCAAUAGUUCGAUGACUGUUAUUCAGCAACUAUCUCUAAACCAUCCAAAUGUUCGCAAGAAACUGGGGCUACCUCAGAAGGAUCCUCAAUCAGAAGCUGCACAUCAGAAAGAGUUGGGUAAUACUGGAGAAAUCAAAAUAGAUCCAUCAAAAAAUCAGAGCAAAAUAUGUGUCCAGAACAUAUCACCUCAUGAAUUGGUUAAUCUCUCAAUCAAACUCUUAGCAGGAGGACGUAAAGCUGAAGCUAUGUCCUUUCUACGACUUGCUAUCGCCAAGGAUCCUGAGAAUGUUCGAGCUUUGCUUAUUAUUGGCCAGACACUGUUGCAAGAUGGUUCCUUACCAGAAGCUACUGAAUACUUGGAACGUACCAUUGUUAAGCUUCUGCUAAAGGAGAAUCAAAUGGAAAUUGAAGAUGUAGAUCUGCUGAUUCUAUCAUCUCAAUGGGCAGGUGUUGCCUGUAUACGGCAGGGUAAGAUGGGAGAGGGACUUGCACACCUGGAACGCAUAGCCACGUUGAAAGAGCCAGACGACCCAAAGAGCAAGGCCCAUUACUAUGAAGGAUUAGUACUACUGUCAAGUGCGUUGUUGAAUGUUGGCCGCAAGAAUGAUGCAAUUAAUUAUCUGCAAAUGGCUACUGCUUAUGAUGAGUCUUACAAAGAAUUUCUGCAACAAUGUGAAAAUGAAGAGGAUGAUAUCACUAGCGACCUUGUCGCUAGUAGGAGAGGAGAUUACUGAGUUCAGUAAAACUCUAUUCUUUUUUUCCCUUUCUGUUUCUUACUGUCAUGUAGUUUGUUAUUUAAUUGUAUCAUAGUGAAAAUAAUCGUGUCACUAAAAUUUUGUAGGCAUCAUCAUGCUGCUAAGAAAUUUUGAUAGAAAUGGUGUAAUAGGGUUUUUAUAGAGGCUAGAUCUUAAAAUUUUUUUUCUUUUAUUUGUUUAUGAUAAGGGAAACCCGCAACAUGCUAGAUCUUAAAUUGAUGAAGGCAAAUACGGAAUAUGUACAAUAUGAUUUUGAUAGAGAUUAGUUCUUUUUCUUGAGAUGUCAUGGGGGGGAUUUUUGUCUUAUUAUGAUCUCGUAAAAGGAAAAUUCAAUAAUUAUUCAAGU